AUACCCCCAAAAAGUAGAUUAAACCAUAUCUUCUAUCUAAUCUGCUUCACUCAUUCAUUCAUUCUUCUUUUCCUCCAUAGCCUUAAUUAAAUUGAGAGCAUUAUUCAUAUUACCAUGUUUCCUUUACAACGAGGCAAUGAGCUGGUGAUUCAGUUUUCUAAUACCUCCCACCAACACAAAAUCUCCCAAGAUCUGAUCCUUGAAGAUUAUGCUUCUCUUGAUGUCAAUGAUUCUGAUAAAAUAUUGUUCACAAAAAGCCAAUCAUCAAAUAAACUAUUUUAUGAUGGUGCUGCUGCUGCUGAUGAGGAUAACAACAACAACAACAACAACAACAACGAUUCUAACAACGAUGAUGAUAAUAAGAAGAAGAAGAUGGUUCAUAGAGAGAUUGAGAGGCAAAGGAGGAAAGAAAUGGCUACCCUUUAUUCCUCUCUUAGAUCCCUUCUUCCUCUUCAGUUCAUCAAGGGAAAGCGUUCAAUAUCUGACCACAUGAACGAGGCAGUGAAUUACAUAAAGUACAUGCAAAAUAACAUCAAGGAACUUGGUGCUAAAAGAGAUGAACUGAAGAAGAAGAAGAAGCUCUCAAAUUAUUACCACCACCAUGAUAACAAUGAUAAACCUACAUCUAGCACUAACAGAUACUUCACUCUCCAUGAGAGUGAUAAUGGUGUUCUCGGAAUUGAAAUCACCGGUGGCGCCGCCGCCGCCGCCGGAGAAGAAGAAGGUGUCACACUAUCAGAGAUUCUGGGGCUACUGGUUGAAGAAGAAGGACUUGAAGUUCUUAGUUACCUUUCUAGCAAAGUCAAUGGAAGAUUGGUACACAGUGUUCAGUGUGAGGUAGUCAAUUCCAACAGUGUAGAUCUAUUUGAGCUGAGAAGGAAACUUGCAAGUUUAAUUCAAUGAUUGUUUCCAUGAUCAUCAUCAUUUGGAUUAUGUUCUCUGAUUAAUUAACUUUAAUUUGUGGUUGCAUUAUUGGAGCUAGCUAGCUAGGCUCACAAUUUAAUUUGGCUAAUGUUAGGAAUGAGAUUGAUGACAUAUAAUUAACAUUCUUGCAUUGUGGCUCUUAAUUUCUAACUGCAUGAUGAUUAGGAUUUUGUUUGGUAAA